AUGGACAAAACCCAUCUGUCAAAUCCUAAUGACAUCAUAAUGACAAGCUCAACUGGCCCCUACCGGCAGGAACCCCUGACUCCUCCUAGACCCACCCAUCUCCACUCAACAUCCUCUUCAUCAACCUCUCCAUCCUCCUCCUCCUCACCUCUCAAGCCAAACCAGGUUGGCCAGGUCAUCCUGUAUGGUGUUCCAAUCGUUUCGCUGGUCAUUGACAACAACGAGAGACUUUGCCUGGCACAAAUAUCCAACACACUUCUUAAGAACUACAGUUAUAAUGAGAUUCAUAAUCGUCGGGUGGCGCUGGGCAUCACAUGUGUCCAGUGCACUCCAGUUCAGUUGGAGAUUCUUCGUCGGGCUGGUGCUAUGCCGAUCUCAUCACGGCGCUGUGGUAUGAUCACCAAGCGUGAAGCUGAGCGCCUCUGCAAGUCCUUCCUGGGAGAGAAUGCACCGCCCAAACUGCCUGACAACUUUGCCUUUGACGUGUCCCAUGAGUGUGCCUGGGGUUGCCGUGGCAACUUCAUCCCAGCACGCUACAACAGCUCAAGGGCUAAAUGCAUCAAGUGCUCUUUCUGCAACAUGUACUUUUCCCCAAAUAAGUUCAUUUUCCAUUCCCACCGCACACCAGAUGCCAAGUACACCCAGCCUGACGCUGCUAACUUUAACUCAUGGCGACGACACCUCAAGCUCAGUGACAAACACCCACCUGAUGAAUUAAUUUACGCAUGGGAAGAUGUGAAAGCUAUGUUCAAUGGAGGCAGCCGAAAGAGAGCACUACCAUCUUCAGCCCACUGUUCCUCCAUGGGUUCUAUGAAGACUCUUCCAGGUUCAGUGGUGCCUCACAUGCUUGGAGCUGACUUGGGUGCUCAGAAAAGAGGCCGCUAUGAAGAGGAGGACGAUCUGGAUGGAGACAGUCUUUCCCCUCGCAAAACACCACGCAGUUACCCCGUCAUCCCUGUCCCAAGCAAAAGCUUUGGCAUGUUGCAGAAGUUCCCUCCCACGUCUCUCUUCCCUUCGCCUUACUCCUUCCCAGCAUUUGGCCUCUGUCAGCAGAAAAAAGAUGACAGUGAUGUUACAGGUGGGCAGAAAGGAGCAGGGUUAUCAGGUCUUUUGUGGCCUGGCCGCAAAGACACAUUUUAUCCUCCUCUCUGCAUGUUUUGGCCACCACGAGCGGCAGGAGGAAUCCCUGUUCCCACCUACCUCCAGCCUCAGCCCAGUGCCCUGUCCUCCUUGGCAGACAGCUCCUCUCUCAGGCAGGCCUUUUUGGAUCUUUCAGACCCAAGCCAGCCUGGAACUGGCAACAGUGGAAACAGUGUUGGCACAACCAUGGCUCCCAACAGGGAGACUACAACACCCAGAUCUGGGUUGUUUGACCAGGAUUGUACAGCAGUUAUCUCUGACCUUCGCCCUGUGGGUUCAGAAGGCUGGCUCAAACUCCUGGACACCCCAAACCUCCAAUCCCGGAAGUCUAGCUACAGCUCAGCCUUCCGUCCUGUCAUUAAGGAUGCUGAGAGCAUCGCCAAGCUCCAUAGCAAUGCUGGAGGAGUCGCUGGGAUAACAGACGAAGAAUUUGGGGUUGUGGUUACCAGUACAGAUCGCCACCAACAACUGUCACCCAGCAGCAGCUGUAGUUACGGAAGUGAAAGUGGAGUUGAUGGAGGGGAAGAGGGAGUGGAGAGUGAGGAGGAGGGGGAGGUUGAUGUGGAGUCAUCAAAGCAGGAUGAAGAAGAUGAGGACGGGAGUUGCACAAACAGGCCUCCACAAACUAAAAUAAAUCUGUACCUCCCUGUAGUAAGCAACAAUCCUGGUGCGGAAAGGGGGAAGGAGAGGGGAAGUGGCGCUGUGUAUCCCAGCAACUCCCCUUCCUCCUCCUUGGACCCCAUCCAGCAAGAGUCCCUUAGCCCGCCUGCUUCCCCUCCUGCUGGCCUGCCUCUCUCCAGCUCCACCCCUCCUAACAGAGAGGACCCGUCUUACAAAAACGUUCCCAAAAAUAGAGAUGAAGGACUUCCUGUGUACGCAGCCAAAGACAACUCAAGCCUUUCUGAUGAAAACAAGGAGCAGAAUAGUUUCUUUGUACAAGAGAGUGAUACAUUGGCACCGGACUAUUGGAGAGAAACAGCAGGGGAUAGAAACCAAGGUGCUUCCCCCCCUGUUCAACUAAAGAAGGAUUUUGAAAGCAUGGAGAAAGAGGAGCUUCAGAAGGUUCUGCUGGAGCAGAUCGACUUCAGGAGGAGACUUGAGCAAGAGUUUCAGGCUCUGAAGGGCACAUCUCCAUUUCCUGUCUUCCAUAAUUUCCAAGAUCAGAUGAAACGAGAGCUUGCCUACAGAGAAGAGAUGGUCCAACAAUUACAGAUGAUACCCUACGCAAACAUAAUCAGAAAAGAAAAGAUCAGCUCCCAUCUCAACAAGUAA